UGGCGCCCCGCGUUCCGAGGCGCGCUCCCGCGCCGCCGUUCCCCAGGAGCGCGGUCCCGGCAUCGCCGCGUGCCCGCCCCUUACCCUGUGCGCGCUCCCCUUAAAGCGGCGAUGCCGCCGCAGCGGCGCGGCCGCCUGGAGCUGGGCCGCGGGCCCGUUUAAGGCCGGGCCGGGCUGACGGAGGAGCGGCCAUGCUGCGGGCCCGGUGGGUGCUGCCGCUGGCGGUGGGCGCGGGGCUGGGCGCGGCCUUUGCCCGCCGGGAGCACCGGGACGAUGCGGCCGAGGGGCUGCUGGCCCGCCUGCCCGUGCUGCCCGCCGUGGCAGCGGCCAGCCUGCCCGCGCCGCCGGGCUCGGGGCGCACCGAGCUGAGCAAGUACGGGCUGCCCGGGCUGGCGCAGCUGCGGAGCCGCGAGUCCUACGUGCUGUGCUACGACCCGCGGAGCCGCAGCGCGCUCUGGGUCAUCGAGCAGCUCAACCGGGACACGCUCAGCGGCUCUUCGGACCGCGCCGCCUGCGACUUCCAGGAGGACGACUCGGUGCACGAGUAUCACCGCGCCACCAACGCCGACUACCGCGGCAGCGGCUUCGACCGCGGGCACCUGGCUGCUGCCGCCAACCACAAGUGGAGCCAGAAGGCGAUGCGGGACACCUUCUACUUGAGCAACAUCGCCCCGCAGAAUCCUCAUUUAAACCAGAAUGCCUGGAAUAACCUUGAGAAGUACUGCAGAAGCUUGGCAAAAAACAACAAGAAUGUCUACGUCUGCACAGGACCCCUCUUCCUGCCCAGGAUGGAGGCUGAUGGGAAGAUGUAUGUGAAGUACCAGGUGAUUGGGAAGAACAAUGUGGCUGUCCCCACCCAUUUCUUCAAGGUGGUCAUCUUGGAAAAGGAGAGUGGGGAGAUUGAGUUGCGCUCCUAUGUGAUGCCCAACAGCCCUGUGGAUGAUAAAAUCCCCUUGGAACGGUUCCUGGUUCCCAUCGAGAGCAUUGAGCGAGCCUCAGGGCUCCUCUUUGUCCCAAACAUCCUCAGGAGAACAAGUAACUUGAAAGCCAUCACAGCUGGAAAGCACUGAACCCUGACUAGAACAAAUCCAGGUAACCCCUGGCAGGGAACUGCAGAAUCAUAGUUCGUUGUGCAGUUGUAAAUGUGAAAAUUAAAAUUCAAAUCUGUGCUUCUCUCUAGCCUUUCCCUUGUGUCUAACAGAUGCAGAUGCACAACAGAAUGGCCCUGCAGGAGGCUCAGGGCCUGCCACUGUAGUAGCUCUCUAGAAUUUGCCCCUAAUCCACUGCUGCCUUGGAGUUUUGAGGCUCAUUCAGGCACAAAGGGAAGUCACAAACUGUUGCUGUUUAGCAGGGAAGGAGGGGAGUAAGGGAGAAGUUCCUGCCUUCCUGUGGCCAAAGAACUGUACCAUUGUUUUCUUUCAGAAGAUGGUUUUAGCAAUAAAGCUUUGAA